CCCGCUGCAACCUGUCAAUAUCACGGUUCCAAUCCUCUUUGUUGUUCUUUCUUUGCCACUAUUAGCUCGCUACUUAGCCAGCUGCUAACGUGCUGUGUUUUGUCUAUCUAUACAUACCUAUAUAUCAUGGUUGUUAUCACAGCCCGUCAUUGCAAACAUCAGUCGACGGUCAUAAUGCCAUCACCGUUUGACCGUUGGCCUGGCUACAUGACCAUGUCUGUAUACACAUGUACAUAGACAUGUAUAUCCAGUACACCGACCUGCCUGCCAGCAAACGGAAUCAAUACAUAGCCAAACACAUAGACAUUCCAUCAUCAUCCAGGCAUCAUGACAAUUGAUUGACCGCUUCGACUCACCCACCCUGUGACGCUACUCGUGCCGCGCAGGGUCGACAGCAACGGCUACGCGGAACCCGCAUGGGGAACGAUGGACCUGUGGCGGUGCACGCCCCCAACCUACAACCCAUCACCGCCCUCAUGCCUCAACACUGAACUGCUACAUUUGCCCAAACAACCUCAACUACAUUGCCACCAAAGGAAAUAAAAUCUUGUAAAGAGCUUGGAACUGGCAAAUUCCCCGCCUUGGUCCACCCACCGCCACCAUGAGCGCCGAACAGGCAGACCCGUUUGUGAACCGGGACACCCCCAUACCCGUCGUGUCUGUCACUGGCCCAGACGAGCGAUCCGAAGCCCCGUCUGGCGUUCCAACACCAAACACCAAUAAUCCAUCACACCACCGUCUCUCGCCGAGCAAGUUAAAAGACAAACUCGAGUCCUUGGGAAACACAGAAUCGCCCGGCAGAGUAUCUGACCGCAUCUUCACCAUGCUUCUUUCGUCUGUCCUCCCCUCCGAAGACUUGGACGACGACGAAACUUCCUUGCCCAAUGUCCAAGCCAAAGACCGGCGGUCACGUACAUACGUCGACCGCCCCAAUUUCUCUCUACCCGUCAUGUCCUCCAACUUUCGGCGCUUCAACUCACGUAUCGGAGUUGCCUUCGUCGCCCAAAACCGUGCCAUUCGCCUUUUCACAUGGAGAACCCCCACCCACACCAUCUCCUUCCUCUUCGUCUACACAUUCGUGUGCAUCGAUCCCACCCUCCUCGCCGUUCUCCCGCUGGUUUGCUGCCUCUUCUUCAUCAUGGUACCCGCCUACCUCGCACGCCACCCCCCUCCACCCACCCAUCUCCCUACCGACCUCUACCCAUUAGACGGCCCACCACUAGCAGCGGCACGAACCGUCAAGCCCACGCCCGAGCUCUCCAAAGACUUCUUCCGCAACAUGCGCGACCUGCAAAACGUCAUGGAAGACUUCUCGCGCGGCCACGACGCCGUCAUUGCGUUUCUUACCCCUCUCACCAACUUCUCCAACGAAGCCCUCUCCUCCCUCCUCUACAUCCUCCUAAUCUUCACCUCGUGCUCGCUCUUCAUCUUCUCGCACCUCGUCCCCUGGCGUUUCGUCUUCCUGCUAUCAGGCUACGUCCUCACCGCCCUAGGCCACCCUUCCAUCCAAGACCUCCUCUCCACCCCUACCAACCCCCAACCAUCCUCCUCAUCAACAACCACCCCCUCCCCCUCCCCAGCAGCCUUCCUAUCCACCCAAAACGACGCCCUCCGCACAACCCUCCUAACCCUCUCCAACACCGACAUAACCCUAACCACCUCCCCGGAAACCCGCGCCGUCGAAAUCUUCGAGCUCCAACACCGACCCCUCCACUCCCCGCAAACCGCAGAAUACUCCCCGUACCUCUUCUCCCCCUCCACCUACGCGCCCAUGAGCCCCUCCCGCAUCGCCGGCGACAGACCAAAAGGCACCCCCUUCUUCGAAGACGUCCUGCCCCCGCGCGGAUGGCGCUGGUCAGACAAAAAAUGGACCCUCGACCUCCUGUCGCGCGAGUGGGUCGAGGACCGCUGCGUCACGGCCGUCGAGGUCCAAAUCCAAGGCGAGCGCUGGGUCACCGAUCUGCUCUACGAGGACCUCACUGAAGACGACGACGCUUCCGUGUAUUCUAGCUCCUUCUACAGCUCCGCCGCGAGCACCGCUACUUCGACCAGGAAGAAAUUGACGAAACGCCGCCCGGGACGGCACAAAAGGGGCGUGAGCUCCACAAGCAGUCAGGACGAGAAGGAGGUUUUGAGGCGCGCGUGGAAUGUUGGGUUGGGUCCUAGUCGUAUGGGGGAGUGGAGGAGGCGGAGGUGGGUUCGCGCUGUUGAGAGGGUUCCUGUUUAUUAGACGUCAUGAAUCAACUUCUGCAACUCCUUUUUUUUUCUUUUCCAUCUCCUCUGCUCUGCUUUUUUUUUUUUUUUUGCUUUCGGAGAAAAAUAAAAAUAUAGAAUCGUUGUAUUUCAUCGUUGCCGCUAUCGUACCAUCUACUUGUCAUGUUGGGUAGAAUUUUAUGUGUGUGGUACAUAUCUAUCGCUGCGCUAACAAAUAAAGACGAGAGAUUGAUUGCUUCCCUCACUUGCUCGCUCACGCAGUUUCCUUCUUACCCAUCUAUCUACUAUUUAAUAGUAAAGCCUCCUUUUUUCUCUUUCUUUUUCUUCUCAGGUAGUAAGAACACAGGUUUUACAAGAUAUAUAUAUAUAUAUUCGCUCGUCAUUUUAGUCUAUUUUAUCCUUGUAAACCCUUCCCUGUGUAAAGGAUCACCUAAACUC